GCCUCGCCACGCCUCCCGCCAUCCCGGACAAUCCCCGGCUCCAGCGGGAUCCGGCACGGCGAGCAUCACCCGACCCGCACCGCGGAGGGAGGCCACGGAGACCCGCGGACCAUGGCAGGAAAAGCCCACAGGCUGAGCACAGAGGAGAGGGAGCAGCUGCUGCCAAACCUGCGAGCUGUGGGGUGGAAUGAGGUGGAAGGCAGAGACGCCAUCUUCAAAGAGUUCCACUUCAAGGACUUCAACCGGGCCUUUGGCUUCAUGACCAGAGUGGCUCUACAGGCAGAAAAACUGGAUCACCAUCCCGAAUGGUUCAAUGUGUACAAUAAGGUUCACAUCACCUUGAGCACCCACGACUGCGGGGGUUUAUCAGAGCGAGACAUCAACCUGGCCAGCUUCAUCGAGCAGGUGGCAGCUUCCCUCUCCUGACCAGUGAUACACACAGCCACUGUGUCCUGCCUAGAUGGCUGCACCCAGAGCCUUCUCCCACUUCCAAGCUAGAUCCUGGAUACAGACUGCCCGACACCUCGCCAACCUCCCCAGUGCAGCUCAGAUGGAUGGAGGCACUUCUCAGGGUGCAUGUAUCCACCUCUGAUCUUGCAAAUUCCAUCCUUAAACCCAUUAGCCAUGAGAUCCCACACCCCCUUCACUACUGAGCCUUUUACCAGGAGUCAGUCAUAGAGUCAUGGAAUAUCAUAGUCAUGGAAUGGUUUGGGUUGGAAGAGACCUUAAAGAUCACCUCGUUCCAGCCCCUGCCACGGGCAGGGACACC